CGUUUGCCGUAAAGCGGCGCCGUAAAGCGUCCCGCGGAGGCGGUGCACUAAGAUGGCGGCGGCUGCUCCCGGGGCCGGUGGCGGAGGAGAAGCGACCGGGGCCCGCGGGGCCCGCGCUUGAGCGACGGCCGGGAGCUGCCGGGCAGCCGGCUGCCAGCGACCCCCCCAGCCCCGGCGCCCCCGGCACCGCCACGCAGGGUUUGCUUCGGAACGCGCAAUGUCGGACAAGGGUAACGGCAUGGACGGCAAGACGGACAUCGUGAACGGCAGCUUGUCCAGCAGCCCCGAGGAGAUGUCGGCCGAGGAGGGCCGCGAAACGUCCUCCGGCAUCGAGGUGGAGGCCUCGGACCUCAGCCUGAGCCUGACGGGCGACGAGGCGGCGCCCACCCGCGCCGAGAGCCGCGGCACCGACACCGAGAGCUCGGGUGAGGAGAAGGACUCGGACAGCAUGGACGACACGGGGCACUACUCCAUCACCGAGGAGAGCCGCGCCCGGGACCGCUCGGAUGACGAGGAGGAGGAGGAAGAAGAGGAAGAGCAGCGGUCGCGCCGCCGCGCCCAGCGCAAGCGCGCCGGCGGCCGCGAGCACGACUCCUCGGACGACGAGCGGGCGCUGGAGGACUGGGUGUCCUCGGAGACCUCGGCGCUGCCGCGGCCGCGCUGGCGGGCGCUGCCGGCGCUGCGGGAGCGGGAGCUGGGCCGCGGCGCCCGCUUCGUGCGCGAGGCGUGCGGGGCGCGGGUGUUCGUGCAGCGGUUCUGCCUGCAGCACGGGCUGGAGGGCCACACGGGCUGCGUCAACACGCUGCAUUUCAACCAGCGCGGCACUUGGCUGGCCAGCGGCAGCGACGACCUCAAGGUUGUGGUUUGGGACUGGCUGCGGCGGCGGCCGGUGCUGGACUUCGAGAGCGGCCACAAGAGCAACGUCUUCCAGGCCAAGUUCCUGCCCAACAGCGGGGACUCCACGCUCGCCAUGUGCGCCCGCGACGGGCAGGUCCGCGUGGCCGAGCUCUCGGCCACCCAGUGCUGCAGGAACACCAAGCGCGUGGCGCAGCACAAGGGAGCUUCGCACAAGCUGGCCCUAGAACCGGACUCUCCAUGCACUUUCCUAUCGGCAGGUGAAGAUGCUGUGGUCUUCACCAUCGACCUGCGGCAGGACCGACCCGCCUCGAAACUGGUGGUCACCAAGGAGAAGGAGAAGAAGGUGGGUCUGUACACCAUCUACGUCAACCCCGCCAACACCUUCCAAUUCGCUGUGGGGGGCAGAGAUCAGUUUGUCAGGAUCUACGACCAGCGGAAAAUAGACGAGAACGAGAACAACGGCGUCCUCAAGAAGUUCUGCCCGCACCACCUGGUGAACAGCGAGUCCAAGGCCAAUAUCACCUGCCUGGUUUACAGCCACGACGGCUCAGAGCUCCUGGCCAGCUACAACGACGAGGACAUUUAUCUCUUCAACUCCUCGCACAGCGACGGCGCCGAGUACAUCAAGAGAUACAAGGGACAUCGCAAUAAUGCCACCGUGAAAGGCGUCAACUUCUACGGCCCCAAGAGCGAGUUUGUGGUGAGCGGCAGCGACUGCGGCCACAUCUUCCUAUGGGAAAAAUCCUCCUGCCAGAUCGUGCAGUUCAUGGAGGGCGACAAGGGCGGUGUGGUAAACUGCCUGGAGCCCCAUCCCCACCUGCCCGUCCUGGCCACCAGUGGCCUGGACCACGACGUCAAGAUCUGGGCGCCCACAGCCGAGACCCCCACCAAGCUGGCCGGGCUGAAGGAGGUGAUCAAGAAGAACAAGCUGGAGCGGGACGAGGACAGCCUGCACCACACCGACAUGUUCGACAGCCACAUGCUCUGGUUCCUCAUGCACCACCUGCGACAGAGACGCCACCACCGCCGCCGGCGGGAACCGGGAGCGCCGGACGGCGAUUCGGACGAGUCCCCGAGCUCCUCGGACAGCUCGGAUGAGGAGGAGGAGGGUCCGGACCGGGUGCAGUGCAUGCCCUCCUGAGCCCCCCCCCACCCAAACCGCCGGGGGGGGCCCCCACUAACACUUUGAGCUUUGUAUUGACUUAUUAAGGACCCCCCCUCCCCAUCCCGCAUCCCCAUUCCCUCCCCAGGACCCGCCGUGUGUGGGGAGCGGGGGGGACGGGGGACUUUUGUACUAACGUGGCCCCCCCUCCCCGUUCCCCUCUUUGGGGGGGGCCCCCCUCCCUUCACGCUCUUCAGGGCCCCCCCCCCUUGAUCUGGGGGGGCUGUGUACCCCCCGUUUUCCCCCCCCGGGGGUGUUUGCAGAGAUGCUUGUCUGGUUUGUACAUAUCAGUGAUUUGCACUUGGUUUGGCCCCCCCUGCCCCCCCCCCUCCCCCCAUAUUCUGUUCUUUGAUUGGGGGGGGGGGGAAAGGGGAGGGCGGGGGGGGGCUUCCCCGUCACUGUUAGAGGCCUAAUUUUGUAUGUAUUAAAACCAAAUCGAACUUGGAUGUUAUCAAGUUAAAAUUAUUGUAAAAGUUUGAAUAUAUAUUAUAUAUAAAUGCAAUAAAAAGCGAUAGAGAGAG